GCCGUGCUGUGGAGUGAGGGUCUCCUCCCGUCGCUGGCCCGCGUCCCCCCAGGCAGAAGCCCCUUUGCAGAUGCCCCUCCGCAGCUCUCCCUGGGCAGAAACAGAGACCAAACGGGGGGUCUGGAGGCUGCGGCUACGGGGCAGGCCCGGCUUUGGCACCUCCUGGCCAGGCAGACCUCUCUGCUACUCGGAUACCCCACUCUGCAGCCAGGGCCGCUCUGUCAGGGCUGAGCUUAGUGACCGUCUGCCAAGCCACACCCCAAAUCCCAGCCGCACCUCAGAGUGGCUCCCGGCCAAAAUGCAGUCACAAAUCCUGAGGACAAGUGUCUAGAGGCAGGUUUGCACUUCAGCUGGGAGACAGUAGCACCUCCGCCCUGCCUGUCCCUGGUGACAUCUCGGUCUCAGUGUGUGAAGGCAGAUGCCCCCCAGGGAGCACACCCAGAAUGUGGGGUCCCCAGGACACUUGCCGCUGGUUUUGGCCUGUGAGCUGAGACUGGCCGAGGCGGGCGGUCCUGGGCGUGUUGCCAGGUAAGGAUGGCUGCUGGCUGCGGUGCAGUCCCACGGAGCCCGGUGAGGAUGGUCGCAGAGGCAAAGCUCCGGGGCCUCUGGGCUUGGUUGGGCUGGUGGGUGUGGGAUCCGGGGCUUGGGGCUUCUCUGGAAGCUUCCUUCCUGCUGUAGCUCGUUGCCAACUGUCCUUGCUCUGAGUGUGCGGCCUGCCUGCAGCAGCUCCGUCAGAAAGGGCCCCGCGUCUGCGCUCACUCGGGGAGUCAGCUAUCUCGGCCACCCUGGGACGCUCGCUCGCUCACCCCUAGUUCUGGGCGGUCCUGCCGUGGGCACCGGGAGGAGGCAGGAGGCCCGUGCGGCUGUCUGGGGCUGGCCCUGCUAGUCACUCGGCUCAGACGCGGGGCCGCGGCUGGGACCUGCCCCGUGAGCUCUGGAAGAAACACACGAGCCUCCGGGCCCUCCCCGCGCCCACGGCCACACGCUGUCCUUCCCGCCGUCUGUUCUUUCCCUCCUGCCCUGUCUGGGACAGUGUCUCUCUUCGUAUACUGUACUGUUGCGUAUUUCAGUUCACAGCUGUAUUUUGUUUGAUUUUUGUUUUUUUAAAAUAAUUACAUUUAAGUUCUUUUUAUUUUAUGCUCUAGAUUUUAAGGUUUUUCUAAUUUCUUAAUUUUUUUUGUUUUUUGUUUUGUUUUGUUUUUUGUUUCUAUGUACUGUAUUUUCAGUGUUUUAACCAAACAGUUGUGGCUACUCAUGGUGAGGAAUGACCGCUAAGAGUGUGGGUUCUUUGCAUUUGGAGGUCACUGCUACCGUUGAUGUUUGGGAGGUUGAGAGGUUUGCCUUUAGUGUCCGCAAGAUGAGAUGUCCGAGUCGGGCCAGUCCUCAGCGGCCGCCACGCCCAGCACCACGGGCACCAAGUCCAACACGCCCACGUCCUCCGUGCCCUCAGCCGCGGUGACGCCCCUCAACGAGAGCGUGCAGCCCCUGGGCGGGUACGGGGGCGGCAGCAAGAACACGCGCGCCCGGGAGAAGCGCAACAGCCGCAACAUGGAGGUGCAGGUCACCCAGGAGAUGCGCAACGUCAGCAUCGGCAUGGGCAGCAGCGACGAGUGGUCUGAUGUCCAGGACAUCAUCGACUCCACCCCAGAGCUGGACAUGUGUCCAGAGACCCGCCUGGACCGCACAGGAAGCAGCCCGACUCAGGGGAUCGUGAACAAAGCUUUUGGCAUCAACACCGACUCGCUCUACCACGAGCUGUCCACGGCAGGCUCUGAGGUCAUCGGGGACGUGGAUGAAGGGGCCGACCUCCUAGGGGAGUUCUCAGUGCGCGAUGAUUUCUUUGGAAUGGGCAAAGAAGUCGGGAAUCUGCUGCUGGAAAACUCACAGCUUCUGGAAACCAAAAACGCUUUGAACGUCGUGAAGAACGACCUCAUUGCCAAGGUCGACCAGCUGUCGGGGGAGCAGGAGGUGCUGAAGGGGGAGCUGGAAGCCGCCAAGCAGGCCAAGGUCAAGCUGGAAAACCGCAUCAAGGAGCUGGAGGAGGAGCUGAAAAGAGCGAAGUCAGAGGCCAUCGUGGCCCGCCGUGAGCCCCGAGAAGAGGUGGAGGAUGUAAGCAGCUAUCUCUGUACAGAAUUGGACAAAAUCCCCAUGGCCCAGCGCCGCCGCUUCACGCGGGUGGAGAUGGCCCGCGUGCUCAUGGAGCGAAACCAGUACAAGGAGCGGCUGAUGGAGCUGCAGGAGGCCGUGCGGUGGACCGAGAUGAUCAGGGCGUCCCGAGAGCACCCCUCCGUGCAGGAGAAGAAGAAGUCCACCAUCUGGCAGUUCUUCAGCCGCCUCUUCAGCUCCUCGUCCAGCCCCCCUCCAGCCAAGCGGGCCUACCCCUCCGUGAACAUCCACUACAAGUCGCCCACCACGGCCGGCUUCAGCCAGCGCCGGAACCACGGCAUGUGCCAGAUCUCGGCGGGCAGCCGACCCCUCGAGUUCUUCCCCGAUGACGACUGCACGUCCUCUGCGCGGCGGGAGCAGAAGCGCGAGCAGUACCGGCAGGUGCGGGAGCACGUGCGCAACGACGACGGGCGGCUGCAGGCCUGCGGCUGGAGCCUGCCCGCCAAGUACAAGCAGCUGAGUCCCAGUGGGGCCCAGGAGGACACGAGGAUGAAGAACGUGCCUGUCCCCGUGUACUGCCGGCCUCUGGUGGAGAAGGACCCGACCAUGAAGCUAUGGUGCGCUGCUGGCGUCAGCCUGAACGGGUGGAAGCCUCCGGAAGACGACCCUGGGAACGGGGCCAAGCCCACACCAGGCCGUGACCCUCUGACCUGCGACCGAGAAGCGGACGGCGAGCCCAGGAGCAACCACGCGUCCCCUGAGAAGAAGAAGGCAAAGGAGACGCCUGAGACGGAUGCCACCUCCAGCCGGGUGUGGAUCCUCACCAGCACCCUGAGCACCAGCAAGGUGGUCAUCGUGGACGCCAACCAGCCAGGCACCGUGGUGGACCAGUUCACGGUGUGCAACGCCCACGUGCUGUGCAUCGCCAGCAUCCCCGCGGCCAGCGACAGCGACUACCCGCCAGGGGAGAUGUUCCUGGACAGCGACAUGAACCCAGAGGACUCAGGCACCGACGGUGUGCUGGCCGGCAUCACCCUGGUGGGCUGUGCCACCCGCUGCAAUGUGCCACGUAGCAACUGCUCCUCCCGAGGGGACACCCCAGUGCUGGACAAGGAGCAGGGGGAGGUGGCUGCUGUUGCCAAUGGGAAGGUCAACCCAUCCCAGUCCACAGAGGAGGCCACGGAGGCCACGGAGGUGCCAGACCCUGGCCCCAGUGAGCCAGAGGCGGCGGCGGUGCGGCCCGGGCCCCUCACGGAGCACGUCUUCACUGACCCGGCCCCCGCCCCGCCCUCCGGCACCCAGCCUGGCAGUGAGAACGGGCUGGAGCCCGACGGCAGUGCUGCGCAGCCAGGGCCGGAGCCCAGCGGAGACCCCGCAGGAGCGGGCAGCAGUGCCGCGCCCACCAUGUGGCUGGGAGCCCAGAACGGCUGGCUCUACGUGCACUCGGCGGUGGCCAACUGGAAGAAGUGCCUGCACGCCAUCAAGCUGAAGGACUCCGUGCUCAGCCUGGUGCACGUCAAAGGCCGUGUGCUGGUGGCCCUGGCAGAUGGGACGCUGGCCAUCUUUCACCGUGGCGAAGAUGGCCAGUGGGACCUGAGCAACUACCACCUGAUGGGCCUGGGCCACCCGCACCACUCCAUCCGCUGCAUGGCCGUGGUGUUCGACCGCGUCUGGUGCGGCUACAAGAACAAGGUGCACGUCAUCCAGCCCAAGACCAUGCAGAUUGAGAAGUCGUUUGACGCCCACCCCCGGCGGGAGAGCCAGGUGCGGCAGCUGGCGUGGAUCGGCGACGGGGUGUGGGUGUCUAUCCGCUUGGACUCCACCCUGCGGCUCUACCACGCCCACACCCACCAGCACCUGCAGGAUGUGGACAUCGAGCCCUACGUCAGCAAGAUGCUGGGCACCGGCAAGCUGGGCUUCUCCUUCGUGCGCAUCACGGCUCUGCUCAUCGCCGGCAGCCGCCUCUGGGUGGGCACUGGCAACGGGGUUGUCAUCUCCAUCCCCCUGACUGAGACCGUGGUCCUGCACCGAGGCCAGCUCCUGGGGCUGCGAGCCAACAAGACGUCCCCCACGUCUGGGGAGGGAGCACGCCCGGGAGGCGUCAUCCAUGUGUACGGGGACGACGGCAGCGACAAGGCGGCCAGCAGCUUCAUCCCCUACUGCUCCAUGGCCCAGGCCCAGCUCUGCUUCCACGGGCACCGGGAUGCCGUCAAGUUCUUUGUCUCGGUGCCAGGGAACGUGCUGGCCACCCUCAACGGCAGCGUGCUCGACAGCCCGUCCGAGGGCCCGGGGCCCGCCGCCCCCGCGGAGGCCGAGGGCCAGAAGCUGAGGAACGUGCUGGUGCUGAGCGGCGGCGAAGGCUACAUCGACUUCCGCAUCGGGGACGGAGAAGACGAUGAGACAGAGGAAGGCAGUGGGGACGUGAGCCAGGUGAAGCCCGUGCUGUCCAAGGCGGAGCGCAGCCACGUCAUCGUGUGGCAGGUGUCCUACACGCCCGAGUGAGGCCACCUCCACCACCCCGCCCUGCCUGAUGCCAACGUGUACAUAGGACCCCCACCCACCUGCCCCUCUCUAACCUCUCAACCUGCAGCUUUCACCUGAGGUCCAGCCCCUCCAGCUGGCAGGGAGUGCAGCCACGCGGGGCAGCUGGGAGGAGGGGAGCAGGUGGCAUUUUCCACCUGAGAGGGGAAGACCCUCUCGGGGACACCCUUUCUUCAGUGGCUCCUGGCUGGUGUCCAGCCCAAAGUCCUCAAGUCCCAGGGCACCUCAGGGCCAGAGUGAGGCGGGAUCCAGUGUGGGCAGCUGCUGCAGGUGACGCCCGAGUCUUCCCGCCCUGAGCCCACCUGCCUUUGCAUGCUGCUGGGGGUGGGGGUGGGGCUCAGCCUGUCCCCCGGCCCUUGUCUCCCUAAGGGAACUAGGCCGGUGAUGAGCCUUUGCCCAGGGAGGUGGGGCUCAGGCUGCCCAGGUGCCUGGCCCCCAGCUGGCCUUUGGGGCUCCCCCUGUCCCCAGGCUUCCUUCCCUCAGCCCCCACCCUGGCAUCCCCCUGCCCAGGGACCUGGCAUGAAAGCACGGGGCCAGGCACUCUGGGGCAGCUGCUUGAACAGAGGCCAGACAUCCUCAUCCCACUGGAGCCCUCACCAACCUGUGUCUCCCCCAGGCUCUACCUGGGCAGAAGACUCACCUUGGAGGAGCAGGGCCCUGCAGUCCUGCCCCUCCCAGAAGCCCCUAGGGUGGAACCUCUCAGGCUGCCAGGGCAGGCCCAGCCUCAGGAAGAAGGGGAGGCCUCGGCCUCUCCUGGGGUCAGCCCUAGGGUGCAGGCUCAGCCUCAGGUAGAUGGGGGACGGUGUGCGCCUGGGGCCUGCCUCCCGCACAGGGCUCCGAGGAGCCCAGCUCCCAGACACGCUAAGUGCCUAGGGUUGCCCGCUGUGGCCUACUCGGAGAGCAACUGAUGAAAGAGGCUGCCCAGCAGAGGCCUGAAAGGGCUAAGGAGUCGUGUCCAGCCGGGCUCUAGGCAUGGGGGGCAGCCACCCUGGACUGCCCUCCGGGGUGGGUGGGCCUCGCUGGUCUCCCCCCACCUUCCUAGGCACAGGCCCUUAGGGCAGCCCAGCCCUCUGCCCACCCCUCCCACCAGAGAAGCACAGACCUCGGGGAGCUGUCCUACGAGCCCAGCUGGCCACCCUGAACUGCAGCCUCACAUGGCUGCAGGCUUCUCCCGCCACCCGCCACCUCCACUGUGAUGUACGUCGGGUCCCUUGUCUGUCCCGCAGGAUCGUGAAGUGACUCGGGGGCUAGCCGGGUGGGCAUAGCUGGGGGAAGGGGCUGGGUGACGACUCUCCUCAGGCUUUGGCCCUGCAAGUGAACCCACAUAUCUGCUCUGUAUGUAAUAAACGUCUUAACGUCGUA